AUGUCUGUCUGCUCUGACGCCUGCACCAACUCCUCCUGGCAGGUGGACGACUGCCCAGAGAGCUGCUGUGAGCCUACCUGCUGUGCCCCCACCUGCUGCCACUGCUGUGCCCCAGCCCCCUGCCUGACCCUCCUCUGCACCCCAGUGAGCUGUGGGUCCAGCCCCUGCUGCCAAUCUGUCUGCUGCUCACCCUCAUGCUGCCAACAGUCUAGCUGCCAGCCAGCUUGCUGUACCUGCUCCCCUUGCCAGCCGUCCUGCUGUGUGACUCUUUGCUGCAAGCCCGUCUGCUGUGGGGCUUCCUCCUCAUGCUGCCAGCCAUCCUGCUGUCAGUCUUCCUGCUGUGUGCCUGUCUGCUGCACACCCAUCUGUUCUGGAUCCUCCUCAUGCUGCCAGCAGUCUAGCUGCCAGCCCUCAUGCUGUCAAUCUUCCUGCUGUGUGCCUGUCUGCUGCAAGCCUGUCUGCUGCAAGCCCUGCUCCAGUGUGUCCCUGCUCUGCCGGCCUGUGUGCAGACCUGCCUGCUGUGUGCCCACCUCCUCCUGCUGUGCCUCCUCCUGCCAGCCCAGCUGCUGCAAGCCCUGCUCCAGCGUAUCCCUGCUCUGCCGCUCUGCCUGCUCCCGCCAGGCCUGCUGUGGCCUCUCCUCAGGCCAGAAGUCCAGCUGCUGA